AUGGAUUUCCUCAAUUUAGCAAAGGAUAAAUUAGUAGUAAGUGAUGUUAGCGAUCUCGUGGCGCAUGAAAGUUGUGGAGCCAUAUCUCUGUUUGUCGGCACUACUCGAGAUAACUUCGAAGAUAAGAAGGUUAUCUCCCUCGAAUAUGAAGCCUACGAGCCGAUGGCUCUUAAAACGAUGAAGAAGAUCUGCCAAGAAAUUCGAACACGCUGGCCUGAUGUUAAAAACAUUGCCAUCCACCAUCGUCUUGGUGAAGUACCCGUCAAGGAGGCCAGCGUGGUAAUCGCUGUUAGUUCUCCACAUCGCAAAGAUGGCAUUGAUGCAACAGCUUUUGCCAUUGAGGAGCUAAAGAAGCAGGUUCCCAUAUGGAAGAAGGAGCAAUACUCCGAAGCUCAAGCUAUGCGGAAACCAAAGGUGAAAAUCAAUUUUCAGGAGUGUCCCAUUGUGGGUGCAGAGGUUCCAAAGCAUUUAAUACAAAUUAAUGCAAAUCACGAGGAGAUCAAACGUAGGAUCAACAUGUUUAUUGAGAGAAAACGUGAGGAGGUCAAUGCAAGCAAUAUUGAGGAUUUCAUAGAAGGAGACAAUUCGGACUCAUGCGCCAGAGUUAAGUGCGCUGUUUUCCGCAUUAAGGAUUCCAAAGGACAUCUUAAAGUUCGUCGCGUGAUAAAUGAAUACGGGCCCCAGACGCUCCAGGAAGAUUAUACGAAAGUCUUUAGUAAACUCCAAGGGCGAGGAACUGAUGAGGGAGAAUCUGAUGGCAAAGAAAAUCCCCAAGAUUGCAAGAAUUUUGGUAUUACCGAGCGUCUCAAGAGCAUGGAGAAUCAUCUCAAGAUAUCCCCUUCAUCGUCUGAGGAUGUUUUUGAGCGAAUUAAGAGACUGGAGAAUAGAAUCCUCUACUUGGAAUCUAUCUCACCGGAAUACUUACAUUUCCUGGAGAAGACUACCCAACCAAAGGCGGGAGAUUCACGUGAAACAGGUACAAGGAAACGAAAGUACUCAAUCCGAAGCAUUGAUGAAUUCAUCAAUGAACUUGAGGAGAUCUAUUUGUAGAAUAUUUACCUUUUCUUGAAGAAUUUGUGAGGAAAAUGCUGAAGAUCUGAAAAAUAUGAGAAGUAAAAUGAAAA